GGUUUUUGUCUCGCGGAGGAAAGCGGUCAGAGCUUCAGAGGGCUCGCGCACACCGGAGGAGCAGCAGCACGCAGCAGCAGCGGCUCCGCGACAACAAAAGUGAUUCAGAAAAGAAGCAAACUUGAAGCUUCGCGUCUGCUGUCGCCUCUUCCUCCUGAUACAUUGUGACAUUUUAGAACUAAAACAAAAAAUAAAAAUAAUCUAAAACCCGACGGUGCUGAUAAUAUAUUUUUUUUAAAAGUCGCCCACUAUGGAGGACCAGCUGCUGUGCUGCGAGGUGGACUCCAUCCGGAGAGCCCACCAGGACGUGAACCUGCUCAACGACCGGGUCCUGCACACCAUGCUGAAGGCUGAGGAAAACUACCUACCGUCUCCAAACUACUUCAAGUGUGUUCAGAAGGAAAUUGUGCCCAAAAUGAGGAAAAUAGUUGCCACCUGGAUGCUGGAGGUCUGCGAGGAACAGAAAUGUGAGGAGGAGGUUUUUCCGCUGGCUAUGAACUAUUUGGACAGAUUUUUAUCAGUGGAGGCCACCAGGAAAACAAGACUACAGCUGCUGGGAGCCACAUGCAUGUUUCUAGCAUCCAAGAUGAAGGAGACUGUUCCCCUAACGGCGGAGAAACUCUGUAUCUACACGGACAACUCGGUCCAGCCCGGAGAGCUGCUGGUAAUUGAGUUCUGCAGACACUGGAUGUUGCAUAACACAUACAGUUCAUGAGCAGCACUGCAGAGCACAUGACCAGAACACACAAGAGAGUUCAGCUGGUUUGUCAGGGUCACCGGGGCCAGAAAAUAUCAAUAUUGUCCCAAAAUGCUAAAGAUAAAUUCUUUAGUCGGAGCAAAUAUAAAAGUAUAAAUGUAUCAGUGCUGCAGCAGAGUCUGAAUGGCUGCCUGUGACUUUCCCAUGGUGACUGGAAGGCCUCUCUGAUUUCAUGAAUGGUCUCUGUGACUGCCAAGAACACACUGAGUCACAGCCACACCUAGUGGUCAUUAGACAGAGGUGCAGGCUGCUGCAAAGGCCAAAAGAACACCAAGAAGUACGCGUGCACGCUUUGAUUUUGUGAUCGCUGUGAUAUUAAAUGCACGUGCAGCUGUUUUUUUAAGUGCUGUGCCUCCACAAGAAUGGAGACAGCUCAUA